AUGAAGGACGUCAUCAUAGAUGGUAUGGAAAAGAGUAACAUCUUUUCGUCCAUGGAUCUGGUGGAUGGGUUCUAUAAGAUCCUCAUGCGUGAACGGGACAUCCCGUACACAGCAGUGAGAACCCCCAGUGGUAUGCUCUGGGAGUGGCUAGUGAUGCCACGGGGGCUAAGUAACGCCAUCGCAACGCUUAACAGAUCUGUUACGAAUCUGUUGCGAUCGGUGCGCGAUUUCGCACCGAGUUAUUUCGACGAUGCCUUCGUCCAUAGCCGGGCUGUGGAUAUAAAGACGUACGUGGAGGUUCAUGUAAUACACAUCAUCUGGAAAGUUCUUACACUGAUGCGAUACCAUAAGUUUUUCGCGAACCUCAAGAAGUGUGUAUUUUCAGCAAACGAAAUACCUCUUCUUGGCUGCAUCGUGCGUAAAAACGGUGUACGCCCUGAUCCGGAAAAGAUCAAGGCGAUUAGCGACUGGCCUGUGAUAGUCGACGUCAAGGGACUUCGAAAGUUCCUUGCGGCGUACUUGCACAAGUACUCGCACAACUACGCCGAGAUGACCGUACAUCUCUUUCGUCUGUAA